AUCACGACUCACGCUACCGCACGUCCUUACUUUGAUUUCGCAUAAUCAUUUAAAUUGUGAUUUUGAGUUGAUAAAAUGAUUCAUUGAUUGAUCAAAAGUGUAUCCCAAUCACAAUGUUAAAAUUUGCCUACUUUUACACACGAUGCAUUCAUCGCCUGUCGGAGCUUGCGUUAAGCCGUGCCGCAUCAUGUGGCUUGCGUCAUCAGCAGUGGCAGAACUUUCGCACACAGAUCGCUCAUUGCAACCGGGAGGAUGAUCUCCCAAUAGGAGUCGAAUCAAUCAGCGACCCGCUUAAGGUCCAAAGUGCAACGGCCUUGUGGAACAAGGAAGAACUGCUCAGCCGUAUCAAUGCGCUGCUUCACUGCAGUUCCGCUGACUUGGAGCGGGUGUAUAAGGUAAACAAGAAAACGCUCAGGACGAUACCUCCAAAAAUGAUCACGGACAACAUCCGGUUGCUGCUGGAGCGUGGCGUAAGCGAGAGGUCCAUACUGAAUCAUCCGAAAAUUUUGUCAAUAAGAAACGAUGAGUUGAGUGCAAAGCUGGAUUACCUGAAGAAUUUCAGGGAUUUGGAAGACAUAAAUCAUCUGGUGCCAUUUUUAAACGUUCAGCAAGAUAUUCUAGAGAAGGUGGUUGAAAUAUCCCAGAAUGAAAGUAUUGAGCACGGGAAUCGAAUCUAUUAUUUGAAGGCCAAGACGGGUGUGGAUGUGGAAACGAUUGCUCGUUAUUUUGCCACCAGUAUUCGUAUCUACAAGGUGGCGCUGGAGAAGUUUCAGCAGAACCUAAACUACUGUCUUCAGCACAUGGAACCGCAGGAUGUCGUAAAACAUUUAUCGAUUUUAGCAUACGCCAGUUCGUCGAUUGUCGAACGGCUGCGGAUGUUGAAGAAUUCCCCCCUGCAGAAGAUUAAACCGUGGAUGGUUAGAGCACCAAACCUCGCUCUGGAAAAAUCAUUUGAAAAGGUGAUUGAAAAAGGCGCUGACCCUUCAUUUAAGGACCCUUUGACAGAGGUAUGGUUCGAAAAUCACGUACUAAAGAGGAUGGAAAAUUUGCUGGAGUGUACUGAGGAAGAAGCGAAAACCUGCUACGAUGCAUGCAAAGGAGCUGUGCCAUUGUUGGAGAACGUUGAACAACUGCUUGAAAAGCAAAUCAGAAAGGAUACUAUUUUGCAGAAUCCUUCAGUGCUGGUUGCGAAAAAGGAAGAGCUCGCCACAAAACUUCAAACAUUGUCCAAUUUGAAGGGGUUGAGAGAUUUGAAUGAUGUGAUUCCUCUGUGCACGCUCAAACCUUAUCAGUUGACGAGAAUUGUUAAUACUAUGAACAAUGAAUGUCUACCAAAUGAAAGCAAUCGCAUAUACCAUUUUACCGAUAAAACGGGGCUUCCUGCAAAGGAAGUGGCGACACAAUUUGCUCGAAGGACCUUUAUGUUCCGCAUUCCGAAUGAAAAUUUCAUGGAGAACCUGGACCAAUUUAUCGCCCACAUGGACAGCGAGGAUGUUUUAGCCGAUCUGUGGGCUUUCAAGUAUUCCCCGGCGGUGGUAUCGGAACGAAUAGCUCGGGCAAAGGAAGUUCGUGGUAAAAAGUUGAUGCCUUGGAUGGUUCGUUGUCCGGAUACCGUGCUGGAAAAAUCCUUGCAGCUAACGAAAGAAAACGGGAAACUGCUGGGAGAAAACGAAACCAUUGUCGAGUACUUUGGAAAGAGGCUGGGAUUCGAUCGGGACGUAACCAAUUCAAUUUUCCUCAAAACUCCUUCGGUGAAGAACGUACGAGUGACAAAAGUGAAGAAGGUGAUCGAUUAUCUGCUGGAGGAAUUGGACUACACACCGCACGAUAUUGCGCUGAAUCCAAGGAUCCUGAUGCACAGCCUGCAAACCACCAAAAAACGUAUGGAACAGCUGCAGGAGAUUGGUUGCCGGCCGCGAUCGUUGAUAAUCGUGUGCAAAAGCCAACGGCAGUACGAUCUUUUUGUCAAGGAAUGGCAGGAAGCGAAGGAACGAAGGAAGAUAGCACUCGCUUCGAGUAUGAGCUAGAGCUCAACGGAUAUGUAAGUUUAGUAGAUAAUU